UGUCCAGUGACAGCAGAUAAACACCUGCUCGUACAGAUCAUCCUGAGCCGGAGCCGAAGGGAACUGCUUUCAUACAACAAACAUUUAGACUAGCAAUUGAUCUAAGACGGGACAUUUGGACUUAAAAUGUCAGAAUCGAAGGACAAGAGAAAGGAGUAUCUAAGUGUGAAAGAUCUGCAGAAGGUUUUGGACUCGUGCAAACUACAUCUUCGUCAAGUUGAUGAGGUCUGGCCAAACAUAUAUAUAGGGAAUGUGGCAGUAGCCCAAAACAAGACUUCAUUGCUGAAAUUAGGUAUAACUCAUGUAUUAAACGCUGCUCACUCCAAGCGAGGCAGCAUAGGGAACCAAAGCUUUUAUGGCAGCGGCUUUGUGUAUUGUGGCAUUCCAGCAGAUGACUCGACACACUUUGAUCUGGAUGUUUACUUCCAGACUGCAGCUGAUUUUAUUCAUAAAGCUCUGAAUGCACCUGAUGGGAAAGUUCUGGUGCACUGCAUCAUGGGAAUGAGCCGGUCAUCGACCUUGGUGUUAGCGUACCUCAUGAUCUACCGUCACCUCCCGCUCAAACGGGCUUUGCAGAAAUUGAUCCAGAAGAGAGCCAUCUACCCCAACAGGAAUUUCCUGGCUUUGCUGUUGGAUCUGGAUCUGCAGCUGACAAGAAAAAAACAAACAUGUCAGAUCCUGUAAUCAAGAGAAGUUUACAAUUUUUUAGCCACACAGCCACGUGGUGUCUCGAGAUGGAGAUGGAGAUGCCAGUCAGUCUGUUGGUCCAGACUGAAGUCAUGAAAUUUGGUUUAACAUAUGACUGAAUUUCUGUGAGACUGCACUUUGAGAUUAACAGCUAAUAUAUAGCAUGUUAGCAUGUUAGCAUGUUGAAUGUAAACCAAAAAACAAGACGAAUGGCAAAGCUGCAAUUUUCUGAGCAGGAAAUUAGAACAUUUAAUGCAUAUUAACAUGCUAAAUGUUCACGGUAAGAUGUAGAAUGCAGAAUCGAUGUUUCAGCAUAUAACGACCUUCUUCAAGUUGCUCGCGUGCUACACCAACAUGUUAGCAUGCUAAGUAUGCUAACAUACUAAAGAUUGCAUGCUAAAUAUUAGCUAUUUAAAACAAUUUAUGUUUUGAUAAUGGAAGGCUUUUGUAGGCUACAUGUGUCAUGCUAACAGCAUGGUAACAUCCAAUAAACUGGUUGUUAAUAUGCAUGGAGGCAUGAUGGUAGUAUGUUAACACGUGAACACAAUUAUCUGCAUUAUCAUCUUCCAAAUGUUAAGGACAUUUGACGUUUUUAAAAUGUGUUUAGCGGUAGAAAUUAUAAAAAACAAGGAACAUUUUAAAAUGACAGUUUAGAAAGUAAAUGCAAUGUGAUGUGAAAACAGAGACGAGGCUGAACAAUGUAUGACAAUGAUAAGGAUAUGUGGUGAAUAUUGAUGUAUUUCAGAUACUUCACAUUCUUGUAAGAGUUAUUGUUCUUCAGCACCUCAUUUAUUACAGCAGAAUGGACCAAAUGUUUUUACAAAGCAUUAUCUUUUUCUAAACUCUGGGGAUGACUCAGAAUCAAAAUAUUAAACAUGCUUUUGAACAUUCAAACUCAAAAUGGGAACUAAUCCACAGCAUCCGUCUUGAACAAGAUCCAUGUUCCUUUCUUUUGGUGUUGUUCGUCAAGCCAGUUGAGCUCAUCACCAAUGUACAUCAAACAGUUUCAGAUAUUUUGUUUGUCUUUAUUUGGAGCAACAUUAGAGAGGUCAGACACAAAAAGCUGCAUCAUUAUAUAUAUAUCAUUAUACUCAACCUCACUGUAACAGACGCAUAUGCACACUGAAUAAAAUGGCAUGAUUUGUAUUGCUGAAGUCAGAAUUUGAAUUUCAAUAUAGGCUAUGGGUUUCAGCUAUGGAUAUUUAAUUUGGUAAUAAGUUCAAAUAAUAUACAGUCAAUAAAAUUCUGGAAAGAAUUUUGAUGUAAAGAAAUGUUUGUAAUAUUUCAACAUAUUCUUUGUCUAUCUUCUGUGUUUGUUUUUGACAUAUUAUUUAUGUUUUAGGCCAGACUGAGUAUGUCAGCUUUUCUGUUGUAUUUACCAAGUGAUCCACAUAUAAAGUAAAAGAGAAAGUCCUGACUUUGCCGAAUAUCCAGGUGUUGAUUAAGCACAUUUCACUUAGAAGAAGAAUCUCAGGAGAGACUUUAUCCUCCCUCCUGUGCUGGUAGCUCGGGUAUCCUAAAAAGGAAUCCAGAGGACGAUGCCAGAAUUAUUUUGAGCUGAUAUUCAGAAGUUAAAAUAGCAAAAAAGGUUGCAGGGUAGAUUGCCAAGGAGAACGUAGACAGUUGUGCUGUCGACCUACAUGUCGCUCUUCUACAGAGAGAGCUUGAAAAGCAACGUCUCCAGCCGAGGCAAGUGUCUGAUAACAAAUUGUUGUUCCGGAUUGGUUGCAGAUUGAAGUCCAUGUUGGAACCAUUUUAUUAGGCUGUAUAGUGGAUGGAUAUAUAGUACUGUAAACCUUUGUUUGCAAGGUACAGUAAACAUGUUUCUGAAGCACUUUAAUAAACAAGGAUACACUGUAAUGAUA